ACUUAGACUCACAUAUAUAGACUCACACGUAGACUCACACAUAGACUCACAUAUAUAGACUCGCACAUAGACUCACAUAUAUAGACUCACACAUAGACUCACAUAUAUAGACUCACACGUAGAUAGACUCACACAUAGACACGCAGAUUUUGACUCACCAGACAUACGGUAUCGAGACUUACCCAUAUACAGAUGUGUACAUACAUAACUACGCUCACGCAUAGGUACGCCUACACUGUGUACACAGACUCACACGUAGACAACACACGGGUAUGUACACGUGACGUUUUAGACACAAAGACACACACGUAGACAUAAAGGCACGCACCCAAAACGCAUAGGUCCACCUCUACAAAGGCUAUCCUCAUAGCCUCCUCCCCCCCAUAGACACACACACGCAUAGGUGCGUACACACACACACACAUGUGGACACACUCUCGCAGUGUACAAGGGACACACAAACUCACCUGUUGACACGACACCAUGGAGGCUGUUUGCAGUGACAGCUUCCGACCUCAGCAACCGCGACUUUGCGGUGCUGCUGCUGCUGAUGCCCUCCAAUCACCACCACCAGCAGCAGCACCACCACAACCACCAGCAACAACAGCAGCACCGCCGCAGUCGCCGCCGCAGCCGCAGCAAUCCGGCAACGCGGAGCUCCACCCGGUGCAGCCCGAGGAUGUCUACCACCGCUCGCUGUCGCAGCAGCGGCCGCCGCUGGCCCCGCACGUGCUCGCGUACGUGCUCAAGUGCGCUCGCCUCUGCCGGCCCGACGCGGUGCGCGUGUGCCACGGAGGCGCCGGGGAGCAGCGGCGCGUGCUCGAGGCCAUGGCGAGCGCCGGCCUCGUGACCCGCCUGGGCAAAUACGACAACUGCUGGCUGGCUCGCACGGACCCGCGCGACGUGGCGCGCGUAGAGAGUCGCACGGUGCUCGUGACGGCAAACCAGCGCGAUGCCGUGCCCCUGCCACGCCACGGCCGCCCGUCCCAGCUGGGCCGCUGGAUGUCCGAGGCCGACUUCGACAGGGCCCAGCGCGAACGCUUCCCCGGCUGCAUGAGAGGCCGCACCAUGUACGUGAUGGCGUUCAGCAUGGGCCCGCCGGAGUCGCCGCUGGCGCGGCUCGGCGUGCAGGUGACCGACUCGCCCUACGUAGUGGCCAGCAUGAGCAUCAUGACGCGCAUGGGCGCCGCCAUCACGGAGGUGCUGGGCGACGGCCGCGACUUCGUGCGGUGCCUCCACUCCGUGGGGGUGCCCCUCACCAGCUCCGCCUCCCCUGGCCCCGCGUGGCCGUGCAACCCAGAGAAGACGCUGAUCGCUCACCUCCCGGCGCGCCGGGAGAUCAUGUCGUUCGGCAGCGGCUACGGAGGCAACUCCCUCCUGGGCAAGAAGUGCUUCGCCCUGCGCAUCGCGUCCAGCCUCGCGCGUGACGAGGGCUGGCUGGCCGAGCACAUGCUGAUCCUGGGCCUCACGAGCCCCGAGGGGCGCAAGAAGUACAUCGCGGCGGCCUUCCCCAGCGCGUGCGGCAAGACCAACCUGGCCAUGAUGACGCCGUCGCUGCCCGGCUGGAAGGUGGAGUGCGUCGGGGACGACAUCGCCUGGAUGAAGUUCGACAGCGAAGGUCGCCUGCGCGCCAUCAACCCCGAGAACGGCUUCUUCGGGGUGGCGCCCGGCACGUCGGUUCGCACCAACCCCAUCGCCAUGCGCACCAUCCACUCGAACACGGUGUUCACCAACGUGGGCGAGACGCAGGAGGGCGGCGUCUACUGGGAGGGCAUCGACGAGGAGCUGCCGCCCGGCGCCACGCUCACCUCGUGGCGCAACCAGACGUGGCGGCCUGGUGACAAGGAGCCGUGCGCGCAUCCCAACUCGCGUUUCUGCACGCCGGCCUGCCAGUGCCCCACUCAGGACCCCGCCUGGGAGGCCCCCGAGGGCGUCCCCAUCGACGCCAUCAUCUUUGGCGGGCGUAGGCCAGCCGGCGUGCCGCUGGUUUUCGAGGCGUUCAGCUGGCAGCACGGAGUGUUCGUCGGCGCAGCCAUGAGGUCGGAAGCCACGGCGGCCGCAGAGUACAAAGGCAAGGUCAUCAUGCACGACCCCUUCGCCAUGCGCCCGUUCUUCGGCUACAACUUCGGCCACUACCUGGCCCACUGGCUCGGCAUGGCCCGGCGCUCCAGCCCGGCGCAACUGCCGCGCAUCUACCACGUGAACUGGUUCCGCCGGGGGCCCGCCGGCAACUUCCUGUGGCCGGGCUUCGGCGACAACUGCCGGGUCCUCGAGUGGAUCACGCGCCGGCUCGAGGGCCGCGCGGAGGGCUGCCGGACAGCCGUCGGCGUGGUGCCGGCGCCCGGCGAGCUGGACCUGAGCGGCCUGGCCGAGGAGGUGGACGAGGAGGCGCUGUUCUCCGUGCCGCGCGCGUUCUGGGAGGAGGAGGCGGCCGAGAUUCGCUCGUACCUGGAGGAGGAGGUCGGUGACGACCUGCCCCGGGAGAUCCUCGACGAGAUGGCCGCGCUGGAGGAGAGGAUCAGGUCCAUGUGAUGGCGACGACGACGGCGGCGACGGCGGCGUCGGCGAUGACGACGUGAAAUCCGUUAGGGGAAGGACGGCGCUUAGCAUGGCUCUUAUAGAGAUUCGGAAAUUCGCAUCGUGCCCGGUUCAUUCUGAGGUGCCCCGUUCGGGUUCUAUGAGACCCGGGCAAUUUUAUGGUUGUAUCGAGGUUCGCCACGAUUACCAUUCCGUUCGAGAACCAAUCAUAUCCUUGGCCUGUUUGCGUGACCCACCCCGUAAGUAUAGAGACCACCUUCCUUUGCGGGUAACGCGCACACGUCGCAAAUAACCGAUUCCGAACACGCGCAAUUCAAACGCACGUCUCCAGAGCGCGAGCGUUGAGUCCAAUCAAAGAAUCGCGCACAUCACGUACACCUAAGCACGAGCUUCAACCUGGGGUUGGACCACCAACCUGGAUUUGAACAUUCCUCGGUACGAUCGUCAGAUUCGCAGCCGCUCCUUGUUGUUUCUCGACGCGUCGCUCCUGCAAAGAGCGCCAACGGGACAGAAAUCCGGCGCGGGUCGACGUUCGCCGCCUCGACCGCCCGGUCAAAUUAUCCCGAUUAUCCCAAUUGGCAGCUCCUGCGUUUGCCCUUGGAGAUGUUUCCAGCAGGUGCGUCACACACGGUGUAGCGCAGGGGAAGGGCACGAGCGCACGCACGCACGCACGCGUCUCUGGUUUCGGGCGCAAAACAUUUGUGAGCGGGUUGGGGGGCGGUGGUGGUGGUGGUAGUGGUGGUGGUCACUGGCGCGCCCGCCAAGUUGGCUAAUUGGAACAUCGCUGACGCGCACGGGGUCAUCCGAGCGCGCGGCCGUGGAGGCCCGGCUUUAAUUUCACGUCCAGUCCUCCCGCGGAUGCCACUCGGGUGACACGGCGAUUUGCCUGGGCGGUCCGCGAGCGAGCGUGCAAGCGCUACUUGCGGGCGAGCGCUACCCGCGAGCGAGCGGGCGAGCGCUACCCGCGAGCGAGCGCUACCUGGGGUGUAAGUGCGGUUGGCAUCUGGCCCCGGCACGGGGAAUUAAAUGGGCCCCAGCCCCCUUGCCCACCCUCCAGCCCGCAGGCCCACUGUGCAACUGCACCGCCUGCGCGUGUACGUACGUACGUACGUUGAACUUCUUUCGCACCGCACGUAGCCAACCGCGCUCAUCGGAGGCUGCGGGGGAAGGACAACAAACUGAACCCCAAAAAAAGUAGUUCCAAAGAAAUGAGUUCUCAAUGUGGAUGAUGAUGAUGAUGAUGAUGUUGAUGAUUUCAAAGUGCAUAGCUCCCAGUGGCUUCCUAAUGUCGGGAGGGCGUUCGGGGCGCACGCGGUUGUGCAGGAGCCGUUCGGUCGUAGUUGGCAACGGUGGUGGGAGCCAUAGACGUACAGUCCACGUGGUUUUGCUGCGCUCUCCCCCCGUGCUGCUGUCGACAGCUUAGGCCCCUGGAGCCUGUAGGCUCUGAACAACCGUUUACAUGCCUCGUGGUUGGCUUCUGAGAUUUCACGGCAUUUGGGCGCAUUCCCCGCGAUGUGGGCAUCGGGGCAUAAGACGGAAAAAAAUAACGGGGCGGUUGAGAAUUCAGUACGGAAGGUUUUUGUUUUUUUAUGUUUUGAACCGCUACCUGGGGGAAUGGAGGAUCUUGACGUUUCGGCCUGCUGACCCCCUUCUUCAGGAAACAGUGGUUUUACGGAGGCUUGAAAUAGUCCCAUCGAGGUGGUGUCAGACGGUGGAACUCGCUCGGGUGCAAUACACGUGACAAAAGCGGCAUUUGAGAAUAUUUGUUUUGAAUGCAUUCCGGGGGAAUUAAAAAAAGUAUUUUUUUUCAUUUGAAUAGCGCAGACAACCCCAUUCAGAUGGUCUUACCGGUUGGUCGAUGCGAUUGGUCGACCAAGACGGGGGAGGGGAUUGUUGUAACGAAUAGGCAGGCGUCUGCUAACGCGAAGAAAGCCUUCCUGGCGGGAGCUAAAAUACCCUUGCACAGUGAACUCGAAUAAGCUCCAGAUCACCGUUGUCACGUGAAUUAGAAAGACGUUGAUUUAAUGUAAUUCUAGCAGUAGGAUGCUAACGGAGAAUGUAUUGAGCCAAGCAGUUGGGACAGCAAUAAUAAUGAGAAUAAAAAAAAACACUUUAAACAUCUCUCCUCUCAUGGA